UUUUUAGUAUUAAUUAUGAAGCGUUAUCGAAACUUUUUUACUUCAUUCCGUGGUCGAUUUCUGCUGCCUUUAAUUUUAAUAAAUAUAUUUAUUUUCAUCACUUUUUUCUAUUCAUUUUUCUCUUCACGCCCACAACAACUAGUUGAACGUCAAAAUAUUGAACUCUACUCACAACCAGCUCGUCUAAAAGAACCAAUUUCUAAACCAUUAAUUCUUAUGUGGACUAAUAUCUUUCGUCAACAAACAAUGCAACUAGAAUCGGAUUGUCCUCUGGCUUCUCUUUGUGAAUUAACUUAUAAUCGUUCUUUUCUUCCAAAGGUUUUUUAA